CGCCGCGCAGCGCCCGACGCGGACCACUUUCAUGCUGAUUCCCCCGGACCCGGGCAGCGCUCCGGCCACUCCGCGGGCCGCCGGCCUCCGCCCCGGCCUGCCUGGCUCUCUGGGCGCGCCCGAGACCGGCGCCUCUGCUCUCCGAGUCCUCCCGAUUUCGAUGGCUUUCCUGAAUGGCUGACUGUGGGCUGCCCUGGACUUGGCCCCCGGACAGUCGCCUCUCCUCCUCCUCCUCCUCCUCCAACUCCUCGGCUACACACCAGCUCUGAGAGCGAGAGAGUGAACGAGAGAGGGAGGGAGAGAGUGAGCGAGGAAGAUCUUUGGAGAGAUUUUUUUUUUUGCCUCCUACUUCUGUCUUGAAGCCAGACAAUCGACUUGCAGCUCUCCCUCCCCUCCCUCUCUCUCUCUCUCUCUCUCUCUCUCUCUCUCUCUCUCUCUCUCUCUCUCUCUCUCUCUCUCUCUCUCCACACGUUCUGCUCCCACUUGCUCUCCCCCGGCCCCAUCCCCUCGCCUCCCCUCCCCGACGGAAAGCCCCCCGAAAGCAACAGAGCUGAGCUGAGAGAAACAAACAAAACAAACACACCGGGCCAGACGAGCCAUCGACAAAACUUUGCAUAAAGCAGAAACAAAAAAGGAAAAACUAACCAACCUCAACCAACCAGCCCCCCCGAGCCACCCGGGGCGCCCUCCCGCGCCCUCUCGCACCCUUUGCACACACAAAAGGCGGCGCGCCGGAGCCCGAGACCCGGGAGCCCGCCGCCGCCCGCAGCCAGGGGAGCAGGAAGUCCGGACGCGGCCCCCAUAGAUAUGGCAAUGGUAGUCAGCACGUGGCGCGACCCCCAGGACGAGGUGCCCGGCUCUCAGGGCAGCCAGGCCUCGCAGGCGCCGCCCGUGCCCGGCCCGCCGCCCGGCGCCCCGCACACGCCACAGACGCCCGGCCAAGGGGGCCCGGCCAGCACGCCGGCCCAGACGGCAGCCGGCGGCCAGGGCGGCCCUGGCGGGCCGGGCGGCGACAAACAGCAGCAGCAGCAGCACAUCGAGUGCGUGGUGUGCGGGGACAAGUCCAGCGGCAAGCACUACGGCCAGUUCACGUGCGAAGGCUGCAAGAGCUUCUUCAAGCGCAGCGUGCGGAGGAACCUGAGCUACACGUGCCGCGCCAACCGGAACUGUCCCAUCGACCAGCACCACCGCAACCAGUGUCAGUACUGCCGCCUCAAAAAGUGCCUCAAAGUGGGCAUGAGACGGGAAGCCGUGCAGAGGGGCAGGAUGCCGCCCACCCAGCCGAGCCACGGGCAGUUCGCGCUGACCAACGGGGACCCCCUCAACUGCCACUCCUACCUGUCCGGAUAUAUUUCCCUGCUGCUGCGCGCGGAGCCCUACCCGACGUCGCGCUUCGGCAGCCAGUGCAUGCAGCCCAAUAACAUCAUGGGCAUCGAGAACAUUUGCGAACUGGCCGCGCGGAUGCUGUUCAGCGCCGUCGAGUGGGCCCGGAACAUCCCCUUCUUCCCCGACCUGCAGAUCACCGACCAGGUGGCCCUGCUCCGCCUCACCUGGAGCGAGCUGUUCGUUCUGAACGCGGCCCAGUGCUCCAUGCCCCUCCACGUCGCCCCGCUCCUGGCCGCCGCCGGCCUCCACGCCUCGCCCAUGUCCGCCGACCGGGUGGUCGCCUUUAUGGACCACAUACGGAUCUUCCAAGAGCAAGUGGAGAAGCUAAAAGCGCUGCACGUCGACUCCGCCGAGUACAGCUGCCUCAAGGCCAUAGUCCUGUUCACCUCAGAUGCCUGUGGUCUCUCUGAUGUAGCCCAUGUGGAAAGCUUGCAGGAAAAGUCCCAGUGUGCUUUGGAAGAAUACGUUAGGAGCCAGUACCCCAACCAACCAACACGAUUCGGAAAGCUUUUGCUUCGCCUCCCUUCCCUCCGCACGGUCUCCUCCUCAGUCAUAGAGCAAUUGUUUUUCGUCCGUUUGGUAGGUAAAACCCCCAUCGAAACCCUCAUCCGGGAUAUGUUACUGUCUGGCAGCAGUUUUAACUGGCCGUAUAUGGCAAUUCAAUAAAUAAAUCAAUCAAAAUAAGAAGGGGGAGUGAAACAGAGAGAAAGAAAAGGCAAAAGACUGGUUUGUUUGCUUAAAUUCCUUCUGUUAAGAAAGGAUAUAAAAGGAUGUUACAAGUUUGCUAAAAGAAGAGAGGGGAAGAAUUUAAUGGACUGUGAAUUUCCAAAAAAAAAAAAGACUGUCGAAUGAACUUUUACAGAAUGCAUUAAAAAAAAAAAAACUCCUGUGUCGGUCAGAACAACUUGCUACUUAUCAUUUUUGUAUAAAAAGGAAAUUAGUCUUUUUUCUUUUUUUGGUAAAUUUUGGAAAAAUAUUGCUAAAAGUGCAUUUAAGGAGAUUGGGAGAAAAUUAGCAGAAUGGAGAAAGUAAGUCUUUUUUUUUUUUUUCCAAAUUAUUAAUUGUCCUGUGUCUAUGUACCUCUAGCUGUUCUUUUUUGUACUUUUCUGGUUCCAAACCAGUUUAUUCUGUGGUUCUAUAAUAAGUUUUGAUAUAAUCUUGGCUUCUUAAAAACUGUGUAUCCUUAAAAUAUAUGUUCUGCAAGAAUUAAAACUGAGUCCAUGAAAAUAUCAUAGGAAGACAUAAAACUUUAAAAGGCAACUCAAAGAUGAUGGAAACGCACUUACAAGUGGUGACCAAAAAUUUUAGAUGAAGUUGAGCACUCUAAUUUGAGAACUGGAGGAACCACAUACAACACUUAAAAACUUCCCCUACCCUGACACCCCCCCCCCCCCCCCCGCAAAAGACACCAAGACAAACCUAGCUUUUUAAAAAUAUUUUAAGAAAGAGAAUGAACUGUGGAAUUUAUUGGCAGCCAAGGAAUGUGUCCAAGACACAUGCUGAGGUUUUGAAUAAAAAGUGAACUUUUGUAAUUUGAAUUGGGUCCCGCUUAGUUCUUGAAUUGUUAUGAAAAUCCUAUAUCUGUUUGUAUAUUUGCAAACCCUUUGUAUUAUAAUUGUUGAUAUUUUCCCUUUUUAAAAAAUACCAUUGAAAUCAGCAUGACAAAAUAACACUGUUGGCACUUAUAGGUAACGUGAUUGAUUCAGUAUCUUAGAGUUUACAGUUUGUGUUUUAAAAAAAAACUGAAGGUUUUUUUUUUUUUAAGUGCAACAUUUCUGUAUACUGUAAAAGUUAUAAUAACUGAACUGUUUGGUCGAGUCUUUGUGUGUUAUAUUCCAAGGAAAUUGAAAGUAUUCAGAAAUUAAAAUAUUAUUUGAUAUCUGAAA